GUGCAGCUUUGCGUAGUCUCACUUUCAUCUCAGUCAGCAGUCAUUAACGUCGAGUUGAGUCUGUCCAAAAAGUAAGACGGCGUGCUGUCGAGUUCACCGGGAGGAGAAGCUUCUCCAAGUCGAGUUGAGGAGGAAACGAGUCAUGGUGGUGGAAAUACAGUGCAUGGCGGCACACACUGGAACGUGCUGGGUGCAGGAGUAGGUACCCUACUGGUUAGUACUGUGGCCUUUCAGUGAAGGAGCUGGGUUCAGAUCCCCCUUCCGCCGGACCCUCGAUCAAGUGAUGGAGUCUAUGGCGGUGAGCACCUCGGCGGCAGGGGCAGAAGAGUCAGACCGCAAUGUGCCACGCAUCUGCGGGGUGUGCGGUGACAAGGCCACUGGCUUCCACUUCAAUGCCAUGACCUGUGAGGGCUGCAAAGGCUUCUUCAGGCGCAGCAUGAAGCGCAAGGCUAACUUCACGUGCCCAUUCAGCGGCAACUGCAAAAUUACCAAGGACAACCGGCGCCACUGCCAGGCAUGCCGGCUGAAGCGCUGCGUGGACAUUGGCAUGAUGAAGGAGUUCAUCCUCACAGAUGAGGAGGUGCAGAGGAAGAAGGACCUCAUCCAGAAGAGGAAGGUGGAGGAAGCACAGCGGGAGGCCCAGAGGCCACGGUUGAGCGAGGAGCAGAACCAGCUCAUCGCUACACUGGUGGAGGCACACCACAAGACGUAUGAUGAAUCCUACUCUGACUUCUCCCGCUUCCGGCCCCCUGUGCGGCAGGGCCCAGUGACACGCAGCGCCAGUCGGGCUGCCUCCCUCCAUUCCCUGUCUGACACGUCCUCUGACUCCUUCUCCCAUUCUCCAGAGUCCACAGACAUGAAAUUGAUGAACUUCAGCAGCAUAAUGAUGAUGUACCAGGAGCAAAGCAGCAGCCCUGAGUCCAGCGAGGAAGGCAGCUCACACCUUUCCAUGCUGCCGCACCUGGCUGACCUGGUCAGCUACAGCAUCCAGAAGGUCAUUGGCUUUGCCAAGAUGAUCCCAGGGUUCAGGGAGCUAACGGCAGAGGACCAAAUAGCACUGCUGAAGUCCAGUGCCAUUGAGGUCAUCAUGCUGCGUUCAAACCAGUCCUUCAGCCUGGAGGAUAUGUCCUGGAGCUGUGGGAGCCCUGACUACAAGUACUGUGUCAACGACAUCACUAAAGCUGGCCACACCCUGGAGCUGCUAGAGCCCUUGAUUAGGUUCCAGGUGGGCCUGAAGAAACUGAAUCUUCAUGAAGAGGAGCAUGUGCUGCUCAUGGCCAUCUGUCUCUUGUCCCCUGACCGGCCAGGAGUACAGGAUCACGCCCGUGUGGAGUCCUUGCAGGACCGGCUCUCAGAAACUCUGCAGGCAUACAUCCGUGUGAACCACCCAGGUGGUCGGCUGCUCUACGCCAAGAUGAUCCAGAAGCUGGCGGACCUGCGCAGCCUGAACGAGGAGCACUCCAAGCAGUACCGCUCACUGUCCUUCCAGCCCGAGCACAGCACGCAGCUCACACCUCUAGUGCUUGAGGUGUUCGGUAGCGAGGUGUCCUAGGGAAAGGAACGAGUUUCUGUGUGGGACGAGCUCCGUAGUCAGGUGGCGUCCGCAGUGUGAACGACUAUAACCGGAGGUCGGAGAGGGGCUGAGUUUAAGGCCGGCUACAGGUGACCACAGGACAAUUUUAUACAUAAAGGGAGAUGGGGAAUACCUAAAUUUAAAGACAAAAGUUUAUAAUCAGUUGUGUUGUAUUAUCACAUUUUAAGUUUGUGUAUGACUUUUGCUGUGUAUUCUACAACUGCUGCUGUGCAUGCUGUAAAUACACAGACAGACACUCACAAACAUGCUGCUGCCUAUAGUGAAAACCGCCUUCUAUUUUUGAUGUUUAUAAAUGUGGACGUAAACUACCACUUGCUGGCACUUCAGGGUCUGAUGGAGGGUUUGGUUUUGAUUUGUGUGCUUAUUUUAUAGUGUUUGUGUCUUGGUUACACUCAACAAGCCAGCAUCCACUGCAGUGUUUACAAGUUUCCCAAAUACUUUCCAGUCUGACCACACAGCUAACACAUCUUUAGAAAUUAUAUAAGCCCUGCAGCACGGGUUUGUUCCCCUAUUUUUGUUAGUUUCUUAAAGUGCUGUUUUUUUUUUUUUUUAAAUCAAGUAUUUUGUUUUCCUUUGAGUGAACAGUUGUUUACACAAAUAUAUCAUCACAUUAUUUUCAGCAGUAGUUUUGUUUGUGUGUGUGUUAAACUCAGUUUUGCAUCUGGUAAAUAGUCUUGUGGAUAACAUAUUGGAGGUGGACAGGCGAUCGUUUUUAAACAGUUAAAAUUAUUGUUCUGCCUCAAGCAAAUCGGGACUUUGUUUGACUACAUAUGCAGUUAUUUAAAUGAGUUUUCAGAUGCCUUAGCUUUAGAAGAGAUAUCGAUGGUUACGUUAUUAUUAAAGAAACGUAAAAGAUAUAAAUCACAGAUUUAUCAGUGAUACUCGGCCUACUCGGUAAACCAUUGUUAGCGGUAGUGUGAGGUAAUACAGUCCUUUUUGUGGACUCUGAUAGAUUAGCUGCUACGUGUCAGGAUCCCCACUGGUUUCCAACUCAAGUUGCCAUGAGGUGCCAAACUAAGUAGCUCUGUUUUCAUUCUCAGGUUUUUCAAGUUAUUUCUCCAGGUAGCACUUAUACGGAUGUGUCGAUGGGAUGACUGUAUUCUUGUAAAAAUCUCAAUAUACUAAUGGAUCUUGAUAUUUUUGCAGUUGCUUAUCAUUUUGCUUUUACAUUGAGAUUUUUGUGCACAUUUAAAUAGUUCUGAAAAUUAUGAAAGAAUCGCAGCAAGCAUGAAACUGUAGAAUGAUUGAUAGACCCCCCCCCCCCACUGUCACGAGCUGAGCGGUGGGCUCUAUCAAUGUUCUAUUACCACCAUCUCAACUCCAUCAGACUCUGAACUGGACUUCACUCAGUUGUUCUGAGGGGCUCUAGUCAGUUUUCUGUGCCCGUGUUGCCCCCCCUUGUGGUUAGUAGCUGUACAUAGCGCUUUAUUUGUUCUCUGCUGUACAUAGGGCUCAAUAGUUUCUACUAAAAUAUUUAAAUAUUCUCAAUAUAUGCAAAUAUAAUUACUUUUAAAACAUUUUCUUGUAUAAAUCAAUGAGCUUUAGCAAACUUAUAUUCCUUUUCUGGUGUUUCAAAUACUAUUAUUGAUGCAGGGCAGUAUUUGAAAAUGGUUUUUAUAUUUGCUCUUACUUUGAGUAUAGUGAAAUAAGGAAAUUUUAAAAAAGCUGAAUAUGAUGCUGCUUACUAAUGAAGCCAUAAAAUCUAAAAGAAAAAAGUGAGUAAACUACAGCAUGGAUUGUCAGUGAAAGCCAAUGAAUCUUUUAGAAGCAGGAAUCAGUAACUCUGGAAUACAACUUACUCAAUUGCUCACACAUACACUAAUUGUGCAUUAUCACACUGUGGCCCUGAAAGCUCAUUUGCAAUAGAGUUUACUGUGAAGCCAAGUGCAGGAUCUCUCUGAACUGGUCACUUCCCCACCCACACUGACUUCUGAGGAUAUGCAGAAAGUGGUGUCAUUCACAAGCCUUGGCAACAACUGCAUUUGAACACCAUCACGUUCAUGGUUUUAAAAAAAUGGAAAAAAGGGGUAGUUCCAGUGAUUUUGGGUGGCUCUUAGGUAACUUAAAUGUAUUUCAGUGAUGUUUGGAGCAGGGGGCUGGAGCACUCUAUCCUAGUGGAGAUGGGUCAUCCCUGUUGUUAGGCGGUACCCUGUAUGGCCGUGUGCUUUGUGCAGAGUAAUUUAAUGAACUACCUGUACUUGCACAUCUGAGGCCAGGGUAACCAAGUAAAACACUUGUGUUCACAAAGGUAAGGCCAGGUGAACUGUACAGUCCCAUAGCACUUAUAUGUGAGGCCACAUGUUGUACAGAAUCACAGAGCAAAAUCCCUGUAGUUAAACAUUUGAGGCUGGUUUUUGAUCAGUUCAUUUUUUUUUUUUUUUUCCCUCCUUUACAGUUAUGUUUCUGUAAAUAUUUCUGUUGAAAUGUUUUUUUAUUUGUAGGACUCUGACAUGGGGAGUGCCCACAUGGUGAUCUCCAGCAUAGGGAGCAGGCCUCCUGGUCUUUCAGAUAAGCUGAUCUCAGAACGGAACCUGGGAUUUUACUGCUCAAGACAGCUUGCGAUUGUUUCCAAAAACUGGUCAGUGCUAUCAGAUCCCACUGUCGACCGUGAGGCAAAGAGAUGCUCAUUUAUUUAUGCCUCCAUAGGAGCAGGGUUUGCCUCCCUCUGGAUUUAGAAUUUACUGCUCGUCAACUGCAGUAUUAAUAACUGUUAUAGGUGGACUACAGGAGUCCACUGUGUCAUUUUAGUAAAGCUCAGCAUUUGCAGAAAUUAUUUUGAUUUAGUUUGAUGCUUUCUGUUAGUUUAGAGUUUUUUUUUUUUUUCCUCCUCUGUAAUGGCUGUAAUCGACGAACUACAUGUUAGUUCUCUCUAGCACGACAGGGUAUGUGGAACCAAAUUUAACUACCUCUCUGAUUAGUACAUGUGUUUUUUGCCGGGGUAUAUUUUUCUCUUUCUAAUCUUGUUUCUAUUUAUUGCUAUUCAGACAAUUGUUGGACAGUUACCUCAAGACAUCUCAUAAACUACAUUUUGUCUUUCCCAUCACCCUUUUGGGUUCAGUUGUUUGUGCUGGUUUCUGUCUUUGCGUCGAAGUUGAGUGGUGCGCGUGUUUGAAUGGCAGCAGUACGAGGCAAUGUCUCCGUUGCCUGCUGCUAAAAGGUUAGCAUCACCUCAGUCCGAAAGCUUAGUGUCCAGGUAAUGCAGGUAACUUACUGUUGUGUGUGUUUAGAUAACUGUGUUCCCAAACUUGUUGACCUGUUUCCAGAGCAGCUGUAAGCUGUCUUCUGUAGCUCUCCCAUCCCCAUCCGCCCCCACCAGCCUGUCUCCUUGUGGUCUGCUUCUUGGACUGCUGAUCUUUCAAGCAGGUUGCAAGAGCCAGAUCUGCAGAACAGUCUUUACCUCUUUAGACCCAGCAAGCACAGGCUUGGGUUUAUUUGUAGGAUUUCAAGAAAGUCAUCUAGAAAGUCCCACCCCCAAGCAUGUAUUAUCAUUUGAAAGUGUAGAGUGUCCUCUGUAAGGUGCAGUACAACUCAGCAUUACAGUUUGUACACACUAGUUGAGACGCACUUAUAAAUAUAUCUCCUUUAGAGCAGACAAAUAAGUGACUGGGUUUCAGGAGGAUAUAGCUGGAAUAGCACUGUUAAGACAUGUAUGUAACACUUUUCUGCUUGUGUCAUGAAGUAGUCAGAAUAUCGAACAUAAGGGGAACAAUGAUUCUGCUGCUGCUUGAUCAACAUUAUGGUCACCACCACCACCACCAUCCUCAUCACUGUAAUAAUUAUGUUUGGUGCCUCUUUGUGAAUGGACUGGACAGACUGUUUUGGUGCGAGAGUGAAAAGAGAGGUGGCUGUCAGUAGUUUACUGCAGCGGUGUCUUGCACCUUGUGUACUUGAAGGAGUUGAUGUUUGUUGCUCUGUACAAGUUGCGUAGGACAGCAUAGCUGUCCCCUCUCCAUGGCUCGCAUCAAUAUGCACGUGCAUGACACCAGCAAUGCCCUGCCAAAGGGCCACGUUCUCCGACAUGCCAAACAAAAUCAGUCUUCUUUCUCUGUUGAACAUAUAAACUUGAGGCGUUUGAUUAAGCUUUGAUGUCUUUCAUUUUACACUGUGAAACAUGGAAGUGCACAAAAAGGAUCAUCGCUGAGGGCAUUUUUGAGCCGGUUCGGAGUGUCAGUGAGGGAUAAGCAAUCAGUUUUACAGCCAAAUAAUAGCAGUAGUAGUAUACAAAAAAAAGUUUGCAGAAGCUCUUCAUAUAGGCUGCAUGUAAUGGAUGUUGCACUUAAAAAGCAAAAACAUGAAGUUUCUCAUGUACAGUUAAAUAUAUAAACAUGAAUACAAAAUGCAUGCUCACAGUAAAUGGAAAAGUAGAAUGAGAUCUGUGUUGUUUUAGUAACCCUUAGGCAUGCUUUGUUUCAGAUACAGGUUUCAGCGUUCAUCUGGUUACUUCUCUGUGCCUAUUACCAAAAAGCCUUAUUUAGGGAGAAGCUUACUCACCGGUCUUUUGUGUGUAGCGACAUCCUCUUAGUGUUCACAGCCUUAUUAAACAUCAGUGUUUGGUGUCACUCGCAUCCAUUACCUCCGUUCCUCUGCAAACCACACUCAAGUGCACAGGUACACACACCUGCACCACAUAUACAAUGAAUGUUAACGGGAUUCAAGACUCGAAUAUGUGAAUGCCUUAAAUCAUACAAUGCAGCUAUAAAAUAGGCUGGGGUUGCAUCAUUUCGCUUUUAUGAGUUUGGAGUGGACACUAAAUACCUCUUCAUUUUGUAUAUAAGGAAUUACAAUGGUUUUUUUUGAAUUUAUGUAUCUAGGUCUAAAAAAUUUGUCCUUGACACAAUUAGUGAAGAAUCCUGACUGCUUUAAUUUUUGUUAGGCUGAACACAAACAAAGACACUUAUGCAGUAUUCACAAAUUCUAGAUGGAAACAUGUUAACUUACCCUGCAUAAUUUUGUUUUAGCUUCAGUUGCUUGUCACUUUAGGCUGUAUGUUAAU